AGUCAGAGCAAGUUGUCGCAACAGGAGCUUAGCGAUCUUCAGAAGGCCACUCACUUCGACAAGAAGGAAUUACAGCAAUGGUACAAGGGCUUCCUCAAGGACUGUCCCUCGGGCAUGCUCACAAAAGAGGAGUUCCAGAAGAUCUAUAAGCAGUUCUUCCCGUUCGGAGAUCCGUCAUCAUUCGCCGACUACGUCUUCAAUGUCUUUGAUGCAGACAAGUCGGGCUCGAUCGACUUCAAAGAGUUCAUCUGCGCCUUGAGCGUGACGAGCAGGGGCAAGAUGGAGGACAAGCUAGACUGGGCCUUCCAACUGUACGAUAUCGACGGCGAUGGUCAGAUCAGUUACAAUGAGAUGUUGGCCAUUGUUGAGGCUAUUUACAAGAUGGUUGGAUCCAUGGUCAAGCUUCCCGAAGACGAAGACACACCAGAGAAGAGAGUGCGCAAGAUCUUCCGUAUGAUGGACAAGGACGAGAAUGGCAGUCUAGAUAUGGAAGAGUUCAAGGAGGGCUCCAAGCGUGACGAGACGAUUGUGUCGGCGCUGUCUCUAUACGACGGUCUGGUCUAG